CUCAUCCACCUUGGCCAUGACUCACACUUCUCAGGUGCUCCUCCUAUGGUCAACAAGCCUGGAGACUUGGCAGCUGCCCAGCUUUUCCCAUCUCUCCAACGCCUCCGGAGAGAAUUCCUGCACCUCCUCUUCAUGGGGUGUCUACCCAUCUACAGAGGCGCUACAGAGGCCUUGAGAGGGAAAGCAGCUGUCCUAAAGUCACACAGCAAGCAAGCAGCACAGCCAAGGUCCUCGCCUCUUCCCCACAGGAUCACCCUUGCCUGGCCUCACCUCUCAAGGGUGGGUGAGGAGCUGAUGAGGAGGCAGAAAUGCUCUCUGAGCCUUAUUAGGGAAACCUCAGGCACUCCCUUUGGAUCUGCUGGGGCUACCAGCAGCUGCUUCCACCUCUGGAGUCCCCCCAGACUCCCCUGGGUGGCCAGGGCUGGGUUUAGGAGGAGGAUGGGUGUCUGUGUUGUUUACCUACCUCACAGGGCUGCACAGGGUGAAGAGAGCUGCUCCGUGGGGAGGCCGGGACCAAGGCCGAAGCACUGGACAAUGGGAGUUACUGGCACCACCUGUAAACAAAGGGCCCAGGAAUCUCAGCGUCAGGAGGCUUAA